CAGUUGCGUAGAAGAGCGCGGAGCAGCACGAGACCAGGCUCACAGCGCCUGACGCAUCCCGCUUAAAGCACAAAGCGAUGAGAGCCGGAGCGCAGGGGCCGGGGCUCCUGCUGCUGGACGGGGGACGAACCGGGCAGAGCUCCGGUGUUUAACGGGGCGGGGGGCGAUGGGGAAACCGGCGGGGGUGAUGAAUUCUGCUGCGUUUUACUGCAAAACCCGGCAACUUUCAAUCCCGGUCUGCUACUACUACUACUUCUUCUUCUUCUUCUUCUUGUUCUCUUUCUCCCACUCUGUGUGUAUUUGAAGAAGCGCAACAGCAUGCAGGUCUCCCCGAGCGAGGACAAGAUCCCGGUUGUAGACGCACCUUCAAGCCCUCAAGCCAGCAGCAAAGGUCUGUACUUCUGCGAUGGCCUGCGGAAAGUGGACUACGUUCUGGUUUUUCAUCCCCGGCGGCACGGCUCCCUGCGAUGCACCGGCACUGCCUCGGUUUCGCAGGAUCAGCUGUCCAUCGUGUCAAACGGCAACUUCCCUCCGCCGUCGGGCUCCUCCGACGCAGCGGCCGGACGAGGAGCCGGCCUCCGCAGGGAGGAGGCGGCGAGCGUCGGGGAGGUGUUCAUGGAGCUCGGAAUGGCGAGGGGCACCGAGCCGAUGGAGGCCGCCGACCACGAGAUGCAUCUGAUCAGACAAGAGUUUGAGGCCAGCCUCCUGGAGGCUGGUCUAGAAGUGGAGAGAGAUGGAGAGACGAAGACCCACGGGCCCAGCUUCACUCGGAUCCACGCGCCGUGGCCCGUGUUGUGUAGAGAGGCCGAGUUUCUCAAGAUUAAAGUUCCCACCAAGCAGAGUUACGAACUCAAAGAGGAAAGUGGUUUUGGGUCCAGUAUGAGCUCAGUGUGGAGGAAACUGAACCAGCCCUUUGAGCCCAAAGUACCACACCAGGACCACGGCAGCACCAAGUUCCUGUCCCACUGCUUCUCCAGAGACAAACUGCACAUGUACAACAUCACAUCUAAGGACACGUUCUUUGACAACGCCACAAGAGGCAGAAUAGUCUAUGAGAUCCUGAGGCGGACGGUGUGUGUACGAACAUGUCAAACUGUAGUGUCCCCCAUAUGUCUGGUUGGCUGGCCCAUGGCAGCAGACGGCCUCAGCCAGCAGGUUCUCACAGAGCUGCAGGGGAGGAACGGCAUCAGCACUUUGAUAGCCAAAGGCGUAUAUGACGCCGCCUUCCCUCUUCAUGACGGCGACUUUAAGGUCACUGGACCCCUGGAGGAACGCACCGACAGACAGGUUCUCUUCGAAGAGUGGGCAAAGUACUCGGCCUUCUACAAGUACCAGCCCAUUGAUCUGGUCAGGAAGUACUUUGGGGAGAAGAUCGGCCUGUAUUUUGCCUGGCUCGGUGUUUACACCCAGCUGCUCAUCCCGGCCUCCAUUGUGGGAAUCAUCGUGUUUGGAUACGGCGUGGCGACGGUGGACACCAACAUCCCCAGUUUGGAGAUGUGCGACGAGCGUCUCAACUUCACCAUGUGUCCGCUGUGCGACGGCGCCUGCGACUACUGGCACCUCAGCACGGCCUGCGGCACGGCCAGGGCUUCGCACCUCUUCGAUAACCCCGCCACCGUCUUCUUCGCCAUCUUCAUGUCUCUGUGGGCUGUGUUGUUCUUGGAGCAGUGGAAACGGCGACAGAUCAGCCUGAGUUUCAGCUGGGAUCUGACGGGAAUCGAGGAGGACGAGGAACAUCCCCGGCCAAAGUAUGAGACUAUCCUCCUGGAGAAGCGACAGAGGAAGCGGCAGCAGAAGAAGAAAAAGAAGAAGAAAAAGAACGAGCCAGAGAAGCAGGAGGACGGGACAGUGACAGGGAAGGACAGAUGGAGACAAAAACUGCUGUCUGCCAUGGCUGCAGGAGUACCGACGGUCGCCGAGAAGUUGACGUGGAAAGACCGUCUCCCUGGAUACUUCAUGAACAUUUCCUCUAUCCUUUUCAUGUUUGGACUGACGUUUUCAGCAGUUUUCGGCGUAAUCGUCUACCGCAUCACAAUCUCGGCCUUGAUGGCGAUGAGCCCGGACCCCGAGACCAAGUCCAAUGUCCGGGUGACCGUGACGGCCACCGCUGUCAUCAUCAACCUCGUGGUCAUCCUGAUCCUGGAUGAAAUCUACGGCGCCGUGGCACUGUGGCUGACUGAGCUAGAGAUUCCUAAAACGGAAACCAACUUCGAAGAGCGCCUCAUCCUUAAGGCCUUCCUGCUCAAGUUUAUGAACGCAUACGCUCCCAUAUUUUAUGUGGCUUUCUUCAAGGGACGGUUUGCGGGUCGACCUGGAAGUUAUGUGUACGUCUUCAAUGAUUAUCGCAUGGAGGAGUGCGCACCAGGAGGCUGCCUCAUCGAGUUGUGCAUUCAGCUCAGCAUCAUCAUGCUGGGCAAGCAGCUGAUCCAGAACAACAUCUUCGAAAUCGGGAUCCCGAAGUUGAAGAAGCUGAUCCACGCGCUGAAGGAGAAGGAGACGACUCAGAAGGAGAAGGACGAGGAGCGGCCUCCCAAGCAGUGGAACCUGGACUACGCUCUGGCUCCGUUUGAUGGCCUCACACCAGAGUACAUGGAGAUGAUUAUCCAGUUUGGUUUUGUGUCUCUGUUCGUGGCGUCGUUCCCCCUGGCCCCGCUCUUUGCCCUGUUGAACAACGUCAUUGAGAUCAGGCUGGAUGCCAGGAAGUUCGUCACAGAGUUACGCAGGCCAGUCACUGCACGGGCUAAAGACAUCGGCAUAUGGUACAACAUUUUGAGCGGAAUGGGCAAACUGUCAGUAAUAAUAAAUGCCUUUGUGAUCUCCUUCACGUCAGACUUCGUCCCUCGGCUCGUCUACCAGUACAUGUACAGCCAGACGGGCACCAUGCAUGGAUUCAUCGACCACACGCUCUCCUUCUUCAACGUUUCCAAUUUCAAGCCUGGCACCGCGCCACACAGCUCGGACCAAGGAGACAUCACUGUCUGCCGGUACAAGGACUACAGGGAGCCCCCCUGGUCUUCUGAUGCGUACCAGUUCUCCAAGCAGUACUGGUCCGUCCUGUCUGCAAGACUGGCCUUUGUCAUUUUGUUCCAGAACUUGGUGAUGUUCCUCAGCCUCAUGGUUGCCUGGGUGAUCCCAGACGUCCCCAAGACCAUCGUGGAGCAGCUCAAACGGGAAAAGAAGCUCCUGGUGGAUCUGUUUCUGCAGGAGGAGAAGGAGAAAUUCCAGCUCAUCCAGAGCCUCUUUGUCAAGCCCAACAGCCAGUCGCCCACUGCAGGCCAGGCCUUCCCCGUUCUGGGCAAAUACAGCACCCUGCCCUCGGGCCCCACGGCCGGAGACGGAGGGGGGCCGAGGGCGAGGUGCAGGGCCGCCAGCUUCAGUCAGUUCAGCGACAAGAUGUCUUCGUUGCCCAGGAAAGAAAACGCAAACUCAAAGCACACGGCGGUGUGACGCGUUCCGUCCCGAUCAGGGCGAGGUGGAUUAAGCUUAAACGGGGCCUGUAAGCCAACGAACUCGGCCCUUUUCCUGUGUGUUACCUGUAUCGUUUGUGUCCUGGUGUGUGUGACACGGUAGUACGGUGGUGAAGUCAUCACAGGUCUCCUGCAGAAGUAUAAACUGGUCCUUGCUGGCCUCAUUGUGUGGAUCUUUAACGGUCAGCCCUGAACGAACGGCUGUGUGAGUGUGCUGUUCCGACUCGCACGACUGUUCACCUGACAAAGUGUUGUCAUUUUUUUCCGUACAAACUAUUUAGUGAGGCACAUGAGCUUCAUAGCGUAGAGAAGCAAUAAUUACUAUAUUAGGUCGAAUAAGUGAUCAGGACCCUGGAAGAACUGCAAACUGACGGACUGCUUCGAUAGGAAACACUAACCCACCAACAGACUGACGAACAUCGUGGCUUAAACUUUAGGGCUGUCUGAUCUGUGAUUUUCCUACUUUGUGUAUUUUUGUUUACAGAUUUUGUAGCUCUCACGACAUUCCACAUUUUCUGGACUGUUUUUAAUUCUCUUUAUAAAUUAGAAAUAACUUUAAAAGCGGUUUACCCAACCGAUCGUGACCGGUGAUGACGGCUGCUGGUUGGUUCUUUCCGCCCCGCUCUAGGUACCGAUGGAAUGGGAAAAUGCCAAUAUGGCACACUGUGGUGCCGUUCACCUCCUUCCAAGCUGUAGUAUCAGAACUCCAUGAUCUGUGAGGCUGAAAAUCUCUUCUGAGCCAUAAGGAACUUUUGCUGUACUCACCAUGACAAUAAUGCAUGGCCACCUGUGAAUGAGACAGAGCUGAACUAUACUCACUGUGUUUAUGCUAAAUUAAAGAAAAACUACAUCCACAUUCCUUUAUAAUGAAGCAGUGGAGUUCUCCUGGGGUCAGGGUUCUGACCGAUGACUUUAUGUUGCGUUGGUGAACUUCAAAGUCUUCGAUUCUUCAGAGACGCUACACAGGUUCUUCCAAGAAUUCGCACCCCUCAAGUUUUUUUUCACAUUUUGUUACAUCGCAUCCACAAAUUUGAAUGUCUAUUAGGAUCUUAUGUGAUAGAACAACACAAAGCAGUUCAUGAUCGUGAAGUGGAAGAAAGAAAAGGACACAUUGUUGUGUUUCCUUGGAGCAAGAAGACGUUUUUCUGCAUCGAGUUUGCAUGCUCUCGCAGUUCAAGCAUAGAUUCUCUCCGGGUACUCCUACUUCCUCACACAGUCCAGAAACAUAACUCUUCAGUUAAUCGGUUUAUCUAAAUUGUCCUUAGGUAUGAGUGUGGGCAUCCAUGGUUCCCUUGUUCUGUGCAUUUGUGUUGCGCUGAGAUGUACUGGGAACUCGCCUUGUAAAAGCCAGCCCCUAGUUCUGGACUUCGCUUUGUCCAGAGAGUCUGGGCUCUCGACUGUUGGGAAACAAUCGCUUUACUGGAGGAGUGGACUUUUAAGCAACUGGAUCUCAUUUUACCCAGUCGCUAUCAUUUGGCUGUGACAUAUAUGUAAUGCUCUAGCUUGAUCAAGCUUACCGGAAAUUGUGUGCGCUGUAAACAACUCCGUGGGGAGUAAUGCCAAGACAUCUUUGCCAGCAAUAAAAUGUCUUAAACAUUCGUCUCGCUCCGACUUUAAUUGCUCGAUGCGUCGUUCACUUCCUCCGCUGCCACUUCCUCAUUUGCCAAGCUUCAGCCCUAUAGAACCAGACUCUAGUUCUAAAAUCAACUUUGUCCAUAAGUCCUUCUGUUCGCUGAUUGGCCCGAGUGAAAUUCAUCUGUAUAAUUCGAGCUCAAUCGGAGAAACACUGAAGGGAGAUGAGAAUUGAGUGGAAUUGCUUUGGAAAGCAAUGACCAGACUGAUCUGAGGGGUACUCCAUCUUCUGCCCCAAUGACCGCUGAAGAUGACCCCCUCAAACAAUAGAUAGUUUGUCUCCAACAAACUAUCCAAAGAACCAUCUAUCUGCAAGGCUUGUAAGGUGUGUCUCAACAUCUAGAGGGUGAUUUUUCUUUUUAUACUUAAAUAUUAUAUUUCUUUCACUUCAUAAAUGACCUUACGCUGUGUUGGUCUAUCAUAUAAAACCACAUUAAAGCACUCUGACGUUGGUGGUUCUAACAUGUCAAGUGUAGAACAGCAUAAGGCAUUUAAAGACUAGCAAGGCACUGUUCAUCUGUUGCUUUUAGUAAGAGUUCUCUAGCAAACCAUAAACUAACAUUUUUACAGCAGUGGUUUUGAGAAGAAUAACAUGACACAAUAUAGUUGUUGUAUGUUAAAGUGGAACUGAAAUCUAAGCCGUAGUUUAGCUGUAAGCGCUAGAGAUACCGCAGCUAUUGUGAAGGGAAAGCUUUUCGGAACGGCAGCGACGCUCGUCAGCGUUCAGUCCAUGAGGCCUUUUGGAGCCGUUGCAAGAGUGUUUUUAUUGCUAAGCUUUAUGAUUAGGUAUUCUACAAGCUGCGACAGAGCAGACGUUUUCUGAACAAUUUCUAUUAAGUUUUGUAAAGUCUGUGAAACGUUCUGCUGUACUCAGUAUUCGUGAGAAACCUACCGUACUGUUUGUCCAUGGAGUAAUGUUAAAGCUAAUUGUCCGAUGUUAUGUUGAAGUAGGCUCGUUUUACGACCAGGUGAUUAGCUCUAUAACCAAUAUUUAAACAAAGCUGAACUUUCCACUACUACUGCUAUCUAAAAGGAUCAUUAUUAUGGAGAACAUGCUCAUUGACAACCGAGCGUGAACGCCCAGAUGAAGGUCCGGAAAUACAUUGAAUUGGAUCCUGUAGAGGAGUAUUACAAUACCUAGGAUCUUGGACCAAAUGGAUGAGAGGGUUUGCUGUAUGGAUACAGCAACGGCCUAAUGGGCUCGACACGUGGUUAGCGACGAACCACACAUAACGCAACAGCUUUCCAUCAUUUGGGGUGAACCUGACACACGGGACAUGAUAGCAGCAUCAGCGGCGCCAACAUUUUCCCAACUUCCUCGUGUCGCGAUGCUAGCCUGCAUUUGCUCUUCUACGUGUAUGAGCUUGAAAUUUAACACGCACGGAUUUCGUUGGUCGCUUGGCUGAAGGAGAGCAAGUGCCUGCCUUAUCGCGCAGGUUCCUUAGGAAAUGAAUAGAGAGGAAACGACAUCCCCUCUGAUGCAUCAAGCCCAUUAUGUCUGGGUUCAGCACCCCUUUUGGCCUUGAGGACAGCCCAUAUAUUUGGUGUGACACAAGUCAUGCAAUUCAUUUCAUGUGAGAAGAAUAGCAAAAGCGUAGUCUGCACGGCUCACAGGGUACGCACUGUAUCCCCGAGUUUGUGGGAGACCUUAAUCUCUCUUGAAAAUUGUGUCAGACUCAGACCAGUCCUUCCAAGUGCUCAAGAUUUUUGUCAGUGAGUGUUGAGACGUCCCCGAUCAAUGAGACACAUCAGAAUGUAAGUUUAAGGGCAUUCGUUGUUGUUCAAAGCACAAGGUAAGACUAACUAAGGUCACCUAUAAGCCUAACCUGCAUGUUUUUGGUCUAUUAGAGAAAAAAACGGAUGGGGUUUCUAAAAAAAAAAAAGUCAAAUAUGACCACCUUCCUAAAACAAUGUCCUAGGUCAUUUCUCCAUAAAAGUGAUUUUUUGGGGGGGUCAAACUCUUUAGUUCAUUGGAUGAUUUUACACUAGAACUGCUGGUGCUGUGAUAAUGUUGACUUUUUCCAAACAAGGACUGGCUUCCAUUCAUUCCAUUUAGUUUAUGGUUGUUGACUCUUAAAGAUUACUCCAACAUACAUAUACUUGUAAAUUAGACUUCAUGUCAGCUUUCACAAUGACUCAAACCAACACGGGGACAUCUCAAACACCGAGCGACAGCUUGUUUCAUCGGAGUUCAAAGUGAAGCUGAAGACAAACAAAGAAGAGAGACGUUUUUACCACCACAGUGUACCAGCUCAAAAUGUCCUCACUGGAGUUUAAAAGGGAGGUAAGGGCAAAUGAAAGAAGGGAAAAGUAGUUGGAGUGUGGAUGAGGAAGUGAUGGUGGGUCGUCCUUAACUCCACAAACUGCCGAAAUGCUGUAAAACCUUCGAUUCUGUUCCUCGCGCCUUGGUAACUGUUCCUUAUUUCCAACUGAAGACAACAUGCGUCUGUCCAGACAGGACUCAGUCACAGACUGUUAUCUUUCCAUGUAUUGAAAUCUUACUUUAGGAAAUUGUGAUAAAAGGUAUAUUUGUUAUAUAAGUUUCUGUUGUUGAUCCUUACCUAAGCUGAUGUACAAAUUCCUAAAUACAGAUUUGUUAAAUGGAUUCAAGUGCAUUUUUU